AUGCAUUUCAACCUGCGCGCCCUAAAAGUCAAGAACAGCCAGAAGGUGGUGGGGCAGCGACGCGAGGAAUUGGUGGGCCGCGCGCUGACGUCAGCGGCGGUGCGACUGCAGGGCGAGCCCCACCGGCCGCCUCCGCUGCGUUGGCUACCGCUGCACCGCGCACAGCUGCACGCCGGAGACCUGCUCUUCUCUGCAGAGGUGCUGCAGGUGGGAACUAACGAAGACGUGGCGGUGGAGACGUGGUCGACUCGUGAAGGCGUGGUGGUACCCAUUCCAGUGGAGAUCCGUCCGCGCAUCAUCACCUACAAGCUGGAGGCGGUGUUCUGGGGCGUGCGGCGGCUGCGGCGCGUGCAGCUGCUGCCGGUGUCACGGCCGCGCGUCGCGCUGCAGGUCGCGGGCCGCCGCCUCUGCUCUGCCGUCAUCCUGGACACCGCCGCCAACCCCAACUUCCCCAGCCCGCACAUGGUCUUCACUCUGGAGCUGCCGGAGCAGGAGGAGUACCUGCCUCCGCUGCAGGUGGAGGUGCACGACUGCCGCAGCUUCGGCCGCGAGGUGCUGGCCGGCGUGCACGCACUGCACAGCCUCGCCGACUUCGUCGUGCCGCCUCCGCCUUAUCUCACAGAUAAACAGGAGCCAAAGAAAGACGAACCUGAGCGUAGCAAGAAGGGUCGCCUCGGAAUGCGACUGGCGUGGCGUCGUAAGCAUGCAGCUCCCACCAUUACCGAAGAAGAAAUCGAUGCCCCCGACUGGUGGACCAAGUACUACGCCUCACUGCCACAGGCAGAACGAGACAGGAAAUUGUCUCUAGCUGGCCACGUGGGAGCCGAGGCGACAGAACCGGUGGAAAAGUUGGAGUUAUACCCGUGCGAGCUGGAGAAGCUGUCCCAGUUCAGCGGCCUGCAAGACUGGCUGCGCUGCUUUUCUCUGCACAGGGGCAAGCGCGCCGGCUCCGGCCGCAGCCCGGUCGUGGGGCACGUCAAGGCUGCGCUAUGCCUGUACCCGUCCCCGUUCCCGGAGCGGCCGGCUGUUCGCUUGCUGUCGCGGCACGAGAACAACGCGCCGGUGCGUGUGUGCGUGCGCUGCUACUGCGUGCGGGCCACGGAGCUGCACCCGCGAGACCCGACAGGGCUGUCCGACCCCUACGUGGAGAUGCGGGUGGGCGGCCAGGUGGCCGGCUCCAGGGACGACUACAUCCCGCAGCAGGUGGAGCCCGUGUUCGGCAGGCUGCUGCAGCUGGAGUGCGUGCUGCCGAGGGACUGGCAGCUGGCGGUGCGCGUCAUGGACUGGGACCGCACCACGCGCGACGACCUCAUCGGCGAGACCAGGAUCGACCUGGAGCAGCGCCUCUACAGCGACCACCGGGCCCACUGCGGCCUCCCGCGCUCCUACCACACGAAGGGCUACAACGCGUGGCGCGACGCAGAGCGUCCGACGCAGAUCCUGGAGGGCCUGUGCCGGAAGCAGGGGCUGCGUGCUCCUGAGUACCUGGCCGACGACACGCUCAGUGUGGCCGGAGCCACGUACUCCCUGCCGUUGACCGACCAGUCCGCCGCGGAGCGGCGGAGUUCGGAGUGGCGCGAGCAGCUGGCGCUGGAGGCGCUGCGCGCGUGGCGGCCGCGGCUCGUGGCGGAGCACGUGGAGCGCCGGCCGCUGCUGCACGCCGCCUUCCCGGGGCUGGCGCAGGGCUUCCUGCACCUGUGGCUGGACCUCUUCCCGCUGCCGUCCGCCGCUACCCCCAUCUUCUCCCCGAAAAAUAAUGCUGUGUGCGAGUCUCCUCAGGGCCCCAUUACUUUAUUCAAGGUGUACACAAUAUGCAGCAUAGUGGUGCUGUAUUGCCCAACAGCUGCAAAGGACAGGUGGGUGCCGGAGCAGAAGGCGCAGUCGACGGACGUGCACUACCGGUCGCUGAACGGCGAGGCGAUGUUCAACUGGCGGUUCGUGUUCCCGCUGUGCUACCUGCCGGGCGAGCGCCGGCUGCUGGUGCAGCAGCGCUCCGGUCCGAUGCUGGGCCGCUCCACCCGACGCACGGCGCCGCCCCGGCUACACCUCCAGGUCUGGGACAGCGACCACUUCUCGCCCGACGACUUCCUCGGCGCGGUGACGCUGAACCUGUGGCAGCUGCCUGUGGGCGCCCCCUCUGCCAAGCAGUGCUCUCUGGCCAUGCUGGAUCGCGGCGCGCCCACCGUCAACCUGUUCAGAGCGCGCAGGGCGCACGGCUGGUGGCCCUUCAGGACACGCGAGGAAAACGAGUACAAAAUCGCCGGCAAAGUGGAACUGGUACUGGAGGUGCUGACCAGCUUGGAGGCGGAAGCGAGGCCUGCCGGCAAGGGCCGACAAGAACCGGACGCGCUCGAGAAGCCCAAGUGA